AUGGAGGAGGAAGGUCUGCCGGUGUCGUGGCGCGGCGCGGGCGACAAGGCGGGCGGCUGGGCGCGGCUGGCGCGGCGGCGCGUGCCGCUGCUGCGCUGGCUGCCGACGUACGACCGCGUGUCGGCGCUGGCGGACCUGGUGGCCGGCAUCACGCUGGGGCUGACGCUGGUGCCGCAGAGCAUCGCCUACGCCUCGCUCGCCAACUUGCCCGUACAGUACGGGCUCUACUCCUCGUUCGUCGGAACGAUGCUGUACGUGGUGCUGGGCACGGUGAAGGAAGUGUCCAUCGGGCCCACUAGCCUCAUGGCGCUGUUCACGCUGCAGAUCUGCCGCGGCCUGCCCGUGGAGUUCGUAGUGCUGCUGACCUUCCUGUCUGGCUGCGUCGUGCUCAUCAUGGGGCUGCUGCGGCUGGGUUUCUUGGUGGAGCUGAUAUCUCCGUCGGUGACGAGCGGGUUCACGUCAGCCACGGCUAUUAUCAUCGUGGCGGCGCAGCUCAAGGGGCUGCUCGGGCUGAGCUUCACGGCGGAGUCCGUCGGCGACAACAUCCGGCUCAUCGUCACCAAAUGGGACGACAUUCGCUACGCGGACUGUGCCCUGGGCGCCGUCUGCUGCACCGUGCUGCUCCUGCUACGGAAGCUGAAGGACGUGCGCGUGCGCAGCCCCCGCGUGGGGCGCGCGCUGUGGCUGGUGUCCAUCAGCCGCAACGCGCUGGUGGUGCUGGCCGCGUCGUCCUUCGCGUACCUCACGCACCACCCCAACCAGCCGCUGUUCAAGCUCUCCGGUCGCGUGGAGCCGGGACUGCCGCGGCUGUCGGUGCCGCCCUUCAGCGCCUCCGUGGACAACAGCACCGUGACGUUCGUGGACAUGGUGCAGCAGCUCGGCUCCGCCGUCAUCAUGCUGCCCAUCGUCAUGGUGCUCGCCAACAUCGCCAUCGCCAAGGCUUUCUGCGCGGGCGGGCGCGUGGACGCCACGCAGGAGAUGGUGACGCUGGGGCUGUGCAACAUGGCGGGCGCGCUGGUGCACGCCAUGCCCACGUGCGGCGCCUUCACGCGCUCCGCCGUCUCGCACUCCAGCGGCGUGCGCACGCCCGCCGCCGGCCUCUACUCCGGAAUCAUCACUCUGCUGGCUUUGAUAUUCCUCACGCAGUACUUCUACUUCAUCCCGAAGGCGUGUCUUUCGUCCGUACUCAUCUGUGCGGUCAUAUUUAUGGUGGACGUGCGCUCCGUGGCCCGGCUGUGGCGGCGCGACCGGCGCGAGCUGGCCGUGCUGGCGCUCACCUUCUGCGUCAGCAUCGUGCGCACCGUGGAGCUGGCCGUGCUGGCCGGCGCCGUGGCCUCGCUGGCCGUGCUGCUGCGCCAGCUCAUGCGCCCCGACAUCCAGCUGCACUGCAUCAAGACGGCGCACGGCGAGGCGGUGCGCGUGCGGCCGGCGCAGGGCCUGGUGUACGUCAACGGCGAGCUCGUGGCGCGCCGCCUGCUGGCCGCCGCCGCGCGCGCCGCGCCGCGCCCCGUGCUGCUCGACUGCGCGCAUCUCGCCAUGCUGGACUACGCCGCCAUGCAGGUCCUGGAGCGGCUCAUAAAGAAAUUGAAGGCCGACGAGCAGCUACUGAUCAUGUACAACGUGGCCGAGCAGCUGGUGGCCAGGUUCGAGCUCCUGGAGGGAGUGGAGCGGCGCGGCCUGCGCGCCACGUCCGCGGCGGAGGCGCUGGCCAGCGUGGCGGCCGCGCAGCUCCCGGCCGGGGAGGACAGCGCCGCCUUGUUGGCGCCCGCCGAGCCCGAGCCGGACGCACUGCAGCCCUAG